UCGUCAACCGUAGUUCGUCCGUGAUACACGUUAUAGGUGGAUGGACAGAGUAUCUACUCUGAGUGAUAGAACGGGUUUUCCUAUAUAAUUCGUUAUAUACAAUCACUGUUCGGAGUAAUGGCGUAGAGUCACUCGUAGUUAAAGUGUGCUCAGCCAAGCAUUGAAACUGAAACUGAAACUCGUUAUAUACAAUCGUGUCCUAUACUCGUUCUCAAUUUAGCUUCGUAAAGCAUUCGCCUUCAGCGAAGCUAGGUCAUCUUAACCUGGUUUAGUUUCUGGGUGAUGGCAGAUAUGCCGGCGAACGUAGGUACCACGCGGAAAAUGUCCUUCGGCAUCAACGGCAAAUUAAACGGCAUUGAGGGUAAGACACCCUUCCUGAUAGGAGUUUCUGGCGGUACUGCGAGUGGAAAGUCCACAGUUUGCAAACGUAUAAUGGAAAAGCUGGGACAGGUUGAUAUGGAUCAUCAGCAGCGCCAGGUGGUCUGCAUAUCACAAGACAGCUUUUAUCGUGAUCUAACAUCUGCUGAAAAAGUGAAAGCUGAGAAAGGACAGUACAAUUUUGAUCAUCCUGAUGCAUUUGAUAAUGAUCUGAUCUUACAAACACUGCAGGAUAUAUUAGCUGGUGUUAAGUGUGAAAUACCAGCUUAUGAUUACAGGACAAACAGAGUAAUGAAGGAUCAACUUACUACAAUAUAUCCUGCUGAUGUGGUUCUCUUCGAAGGAAUAUUGGUAUUUUAUUUUCCUAAAAUCCGAGAUCUGUUUCACAUGAAAUUAUUUGUUGAUACUGACUCAGAUACGAGACUUGCAAGAAGAGUGCCAAGAGAUAUUAAGGAACGUGGGAGAGAUCUGGAUUACGUCCUAAAUCAGUACAUGAACUUUGUAAAACCAGCUUUUGAGGAAUUUUGUUUACCGACAAAGAAGUUUGCAGAUGUUAUAAUACCGAGAGGAGCAGAUAAUACAGUGGCAAUAGACCUAAUAGUGCACCACAUCCGGGAUAUUUUGCGUUUGAAAAAGGCUGAAAACUCAUCCGGGCAGCAUCCAUUCGUCUAUCAACGUAGGCGUACCUCGGCCUCAUCAGACACGCUCAGCAGAUGACUUAAGCAUGAUAAGCUCGCUCUGUCAAGCACUGCAUUUUUUUCCGCACCACGCUCCAAUGUGUGAUUCGAGACUACCGAUCACACCAUGUGUGAUUCGUGAUUCUACGAUAUAUUUCGCGAUUCCUUUUUAAUAUUAAUAGGAAAGUGAUGUCCGUUUUUCGAUCCUCAGAAAUUGACGCACGCACUCUUUUCUUUCGUGAUAUGUUCACGAAUGUUAACGAUAUUUCCUUUAUCGUAAUUCAACGUAAUUCAACAAUUAUAAAUUACGUAUAAAAGGACGUUACACGUUAAAAGGAACGGACAUUCGUUUCCCUGCAAACUACUCUAGUAUUACGAACUUUUGUAUCGAAGAAUUAUACGUUUGUACUUACAUGGCGGAGGAUGGUGCUUUUUAUUCCGUGUUUUAUUCCGAAUGAAUAUCUUUGCGUGAAUUAAAUUGUAAUUUUUAACCAUGAAAGAGAAAUGCAUGAAGUUGCGUGGAGUUCAGCGAAGGAUAGGCGAGUUAAAUGAUGGGAGUACAGUCAGUAAAACUGAGUUUAUUUUGAGUUUAGAUUUUAAUUUUAAAAUAUUUCCCUUUUUUUCUAUUCAUAAUUUACUACCAUUGCUUUAUCCUCUUGGUUAAAUUGAAAAGUUCUAAAGGUAUUCCCAGAUUAGAA